GUUGGUUUUGAAGCGUUUUUAAGGGUUUUUUUUUUUGGGUCGCGGAGUUGCAACUGUUUGAGGAAGAAAAAACUGCACACAGAUGAUGUUAAGAAGCGAAAAUCAUCAUAUUAUAAUCUUUAUAUUUUUUGAGCGCAAGAGUUUUGAGGCUUGAAUGAUACUGAGGAGGAUAGUUAAAAGGGAAAGUCGGAACGAUGACGAAAAAGGUAAUACCGGCGGCAACAACGUAAUUUGGCUAACAAAACCGCUAUCGCAACUACUACAACUUCACCUACAGAUUGCUGUUCCUUUCCCUUCCUAUUUUUUUAUUUCUACCAGAAGGCAAUCGCUCUCAGCCUUGCAGAGAUGGGUUGGCUGAAAUUUAAUUUUUUUUAAAGGUACAGUUGCCGCGGCUGCUAUUUGGGUUUUGUAGAUCAGAACCAGAUCUUGUGACUUUCAUCCAGCUCUAUUUGCUUGUAACUCUUCAUAGAGAGGAAAAUGGAAAGAUGAGAUUUGUUACCAGACUAGGCGGCAUAGGCGGCUCUGUUCCUGGCUUUUCCCAUUUGAAAUUCCAUGUUGACGAACUAUGGACAUAUUAGUGUCUCAUGAUGAUGGAGACAGAAGAAAAGCCAUAGGACGUUAUAGUUUCCUAAAGUUCUCAGCUCUCCCUCCAAUUCAGCCAAUGCAUUUUAGUAUUCCGGCGUGUCUGCAUCCUGAGACUUGGUUUUGAUGCUUUGCCGAAUUUUGGAACGGGUUUCAUUUAGCAGUGUCUUCUAAAGUGCAUGACAUCAAUCUUUUGAGGAGCCAACUGGAAGUUAUGAUCAAACAGAUAUUAAAUAGGCUCCCACGGAAGCCCUCCAAAUCUGUGGAAAAUCGAGGAGGGGGAACGUUCCCAUCCUCUUCAACUGCUUCUCCCAAUGUAAGAAGCAGUGAUUUAGCAAGUUACAAUCCUGGGAAUUCAACUGCGUCAUAUAUUUCAGGCCUUAAUUCAUUUUCAAGUCUUGGACUAAAUCAUGGCGACAAGUUCUUUGAAGCUGUGAAUUCAAAGCUUAAUGGGAGUUUGUCUGCUUCUUCUUAUGAAGCAUUGCCAAGUUUCAAAGAUGUUCCAAACUCAGAGAAGCAGAACAUGUUUAUCAGAAAGCUGCAAAUGUGUUGUGUUGUUUUUGACUUCACUGACCCAAUGAAGAACCUCAAAGAAAAGGACAUUAAGCGACAGACAUUAGUAGAGCUUGUGGAUUACAUUUCUGCAACUAGUGGCAAAUUUACCGAAAACAUGAUGCAAGAAAUUGUAAAAAUGGUGUCCACAAACUUGUUCCGGACACUCACUUCGCCACCUUGUCAAAACAAGGUUCUAGAAGCCUUCGAUUUAGAAGAGGAAGAGCCUUCAAUGGACCCUGCAUGGUCUCACCUGCAAAUCGUGUAUGAAUUCCUUCUAAGGUUUGUUGCGUCACCUGAGACUGAUGCAAAGUUAGCAAAAAGGUACAUUGAUCAUUCAUUUGUUCUUAGACUGUUAGAUCUUUUUGAUUCAGAGGACUCCAGAGAGCGGGACUACUUGAAGACAGUUCUUCAUCGCAUAUAUGGGAAAUUUAUGGUGCACCGCCCGUUUAUCAGGAAAGCAAUCAACAAUAUAUUUUAUCGAUUUAUUUUUGAAACUGAGAAGCACAAUGGAAUUGCAGAACUGUUGGAGAUUUUGGGAAGUAUAAUCAAUGGCUUUGCUUUGCCAUUGAAAGAAGAGCACAAACUGUUUCUUGUGCGAGUGCUUAUUCCUCUUCAUAAACCAAAAUGCAUACCUCUGUACCAUCAGCAGUUAUCUUACUGCAUCACACAAUUUGUGGAGAAAGACUGCAAGCUUGCUGAUACUAUAAUACGGGGAUUAUUAAAAUAUUGGCCUGUUACAAAUAGUUCUAAGGAGGUCAUGUUUUUAAGUGAACUGGAGGAAGUCUUGGAAGCCACUCAACCUGCGGAGUUUCAGAGAUGCAUGGUGCCCUUGUUUCACCAACUAAGUCGUUGUUUGAGCAGUUCACAUUUCCAGGUAGCUGAGAGGGCUUUGUUCUUGUGGAAUAAUGAUCAUAUUGAGAACUUGAUCAAGCAGAAUCGCAAGAUCAUACUUCCCUUAGUGUUGCCUGCUCUGGAGAAAAAUGCACAAAACCACUGGAACCAGGCUGUCCAAAGCUUGACAAUAAAUGUCCGCAAGAUCUUCUUCGAUGCAGAUCCGGAGCUCUAUGAGGAGUGCCUGCUAAAGUGUAAGGAAGAUGAAGCACAAGAGAAAGAUGUAAAGUCAAAGCAAGAGGCUAAAUGGAAAAGGUUGGAAGAGAUAGCAGCCAUGAAAGCUGCAAGCAACGAGCCAGUUCUAGUUUCUCCUAGAAAUGCCUCGCGUGCACCAUCUGGCUAGGCAAUUAGAACUUCCUUUCAAUCCAAAUGUUCCUUGAUUUUUGACCUUGCAGAGCAUGAGAAUCUGAGGAAUGGCUUUAAAGCAGCUUAUGGUUAGUUUCCUGGUCAUAUGACAUGAAGCUGCAGGGUCAAAGCUGGGGCUACCAAAAUGGCUCCAUUUUAUUUGUAAAAUAGCUCCAUUUGGAUCCAUUCUCUUACCUCAUAACAAGCAUUUGAUGUAUAUAUGGCAUUGGGAGGACAUAAAUGGGGGGGUUUAGCCCUGGGUCUAUCAGGGAAUUUGCUGUAUUAAGCCUUUCCAGUUUGAUGCUUUAUAGAAUUGCAAGAUGGCCUAUAUAAUUCUAAUCUGUCCACGUGCCCUAGUUUAAUGUAAACAUGUGCUCCCUGUAUAUUGGCCCGUUUCCAGUGUCA